CGGAGCCGCCGGCACCCGCGUCCCGAGUGGAGACGUUUCGGCGCUGCCCCGUGGGACGGCGCCGCCUCAUGGAAACCCGCAGGCCUCCGCCAAAGCUCGGCCGCCCCCCCGGGGGCCCUCAGUGAUGCGCGAGCGGAGACCCGCAGCAGCCCCAGGCCGUGCCUGAGAUCGCUUAGGGUGGUGGAAAAGGAAGAAACCACUCAUUUGGAGUGGGAACAGAAUGCCUGACCGAGACAGCUAUACCAAUGGCACAGGGAGCAGUAAUGGAGGCUCUGGAGGUGGUGGCAAUGAGGAGACCAGUGGAGCUGGGGCAGGAGCUAAUUCAGGCAGCUCUGAUGCUAUCUGCCGAGACUUUCUGAGGAACGUGUGUAAGCGGGGCAAACGCUGCCGCUACCGUCACCCGGAUAUGAGUGAAGUCUCCAACUUGGGUGUGAGCAAGAAUGAAUUCAUCUUUUGCCAUGACUUCCAGAACAAAGAGUGCAGUCGCCUGAACUGCCGCUUUAUCCAUGGCUCCAAGGAGGAUGAGGAUGGCUACAAGAAGACAGGUGAACUCCCCCCAAGGCUAAGGCAGAAGGUGGCAGCUGGCUUGGGCCUUUCCCCAGCUGACCUCCCCAAUGGCAAAGAGGAGGUUCCUAUCUGCCGGGACUUUCUCAAAGGGGAUUGUCAGCGUGGAGCCAAAUGCAAAUUCCGCCAUCUGCAGCGGGAUUUUGAAUUUGAAGCUCGGGGUGGGGGGGGUACCAGUGGAGGAGGGUCUGCAGGUCCAGCACCCACCAGCCGUCGCCAUGAUCUUUAUGACACAUAUGACCUUUCGGACCGGGGUUUUGAGGAUCAUGAGCCAUGCCCCAAACGUCGUCGGGGAGGGGGUGGGUGCCCCCAAGAUGGUUCCCACUUUGAGACAUUUGAAUACAGCCUGGCCCCACCCCGGGGAUUGGAGUGCCGGUUGUUAGAAGAGGAGAAUGCCAUGCUCAGGAAGCGCGUGGAGGAGCUAAAGAAGCAGGUCAACAACUUAUUGGCCACCAAUGAAGUCUUGUUGGAGCAGAACGCCCAGUUCCGUAACCAGGCCAAAGUCAUGACUCUUAGCUCCACGGCACCAGCCACGGAACAAACGUUGGCACCCAGUGUGGGCACUGUCACCAACUACAAUCAUGGCAUUGCCCAGACACACACCACACUCAGCAGCCAGGCCCUGCAGCCUAGACCUGUAUCCCAGCAAGAGCUUGUAGCCCCCACAGGUGCACCAGCUGCCCCACCGACUAAUGCAGCACCUCCCACAGCCCCACCACCCCCUCACCUGAACCCAGAGAUCACACCACUCUCAGCUGCCCUGGCCCAGACAAUUGCCCAAGGCAUGGCCCCACCGCCAGUCUCCAUGGCCCCUGUGGCCGUGUCUGUUGCCCCUGUGGCUGUUUCAAUGGCGCAGCCGCUGGCGGGAAUCACAAUGAGCCACACCACCACCCCCAUGGUGACUUACCCCAUUGCCUCACAGAGCAUGCGCAUCACUGCCAUGCCACACUGACCAGGUCACUGGACACUUCUCUGAUGCUGCCUCCCUGGCAGAAAGGGCGAGAGAAGGGGGCUCGUUCAUCUCUUCUCUCCGUGUGUGGAAGGGAGCUCAUGAGAAAAUGAGGAUGAGCAGACUUAUGGCUCCUGGGUGGCACUCUCUUAGAAGAGGUGAGGGAGAGUCAGAUUUUCCCCACUUCCUAGGAAGCGCACCUUUUUCAGCUUCCCUAAGCCCAACCAGAGGGGUGACAAGGGAGUGAGGAUUACAGGCUGCCAGGAGAGGCAGGGAGGACUGAAGGGCUUUUGUCCCCAGAAAGACUUGGCUGCUGGGAUAUGGAGCUCUCCCAACACUGCCCUCCCCUUGCACCCCCAGCAUAGACUCAUUUUUCUAGCACUGAUUUUUGAAAAUGAGUCCAAAUCCUGAAAAAGGAGAGUGAUUGGGGUCAAGGAAAGUCAGAAUACCAAGCUUUCAGACCCAGAGACUUCAGCCCAUUCUCAAUGUCAAUUCCUCUGGGCCCAGGGUUGGGAAGAGGAAUACCAGGAGGCCCUAGUGUUUCAGGGCAGUGGGUUAGGGAAUUGUUAACCCAGAUGAGGGUAGGAGUCCACAGAACAGGGCCCCACCAUUUUCCAAAGAAAUAAAAUAAUUAUUUUUAACAAAAGGAGACAACGGAGACUUAUUGAGAGGCUAUGUGUUUUGGGAGUCCUGCUUUAAAUCUGAACACAGCCCCACCGUGGACAAUGUGAAAAUGGCUUUUUAGGGGACAGUGAGAAGAGCCCUAGGUCCCCGGACUAAAGGCUCUGUGGAUCUGUAAAGAUUCAAGUUGGGGGUAAGGGGACUUGCAACACAUGGUAAGGUUUAAAAAUAACCUGUCUGUGUCUUGAAUGCAGUGUUAUUCCCAGGCAGUCUUUCUAACCAGGGCUUUUAGGGUCAUUGGUGGAGGAGGGGUAGUGAAAGGUAUUGCUGGGAAGCUGGGAUGGGGUGUUCAUCUAACUGCUCUUUUCUCCUUGACUUUGAAAUAGCAGGUGCUAGAGAAGUGGGGUGGGGGAGGGGAAGGAGAUAUCCAUGGCAAAUGAACUGUACGCCAAGCAAGGUUUCUUCCCUCUCCAGCUGCAUCUGUGAAAUUGUUUUAAUGGUCACAGAUGCCUUUCCUGCCCCUCCUUAUCUCAGAAGCCAACAUGUCAGGCUUUAAGACCUUGGAUGAUAUUGUGGUAGAUGCAUCCUUUCUUUUAAGAUCCAUUUCCACUAUUCAGCUGACUCUUGUCCUGUCACUGUAUGGAGAGCUAAGAAAGGGAUUCCAUAGCAACCCCUAAAAUUACCAGUACGAGACUUCAUUGGCUGAUAUCAGUUUCUCUGGCAAGUUGAAACCUCAGUAGUUGGUUGAACUGAGAAAAAAAUUGGACAUCAUGUUUGUAAGUAGGGAAGGUGAGCUUGGUUUGAACUUUACUCUGAUAUCUUUUAGGGUCUUUAAAAUAGAGCAGAACACCUGAUUUCUCCUUUCUUUGGUUGUGUCCCCAUGGUCAGAUUCAGGGUCAGAAGCGAAAAAGAGAUUUCAGAAGAUUGGAAAUAACCAAAUGUUCCAGUUUUUAAAAAUAAUAGUUUCUAGAAACUAGACCAGUAAGCUUGGCAUCAAUCCCUGUAAGAAUUCUAAAACUGGAUUAUUAAACAAUUGUUCAUGAGCACUUAAAAAAGAAUGUGGUGUGUGCUAGGAGCCAGCAUGGGCUCAUUGGCAGGGUGAUGUUCUUGUCCCAGUCUGCUCUGCUCCUCACAAGCACUGGAGUUUCUGGAGGAAGUCACAAAAGCAAGCUGUCUUCCCUCACAAAUUUUUGCUCUUAAAUCUGAACCUCACACUUCAUGCUCCUACCAAUCUUUUCACUCAUCCUUUUUGCUCCCUAGCAAGUUUCCCCAAAUGGUUGUUCUUCUCAAAAAGUGCACCUAGUUUACAAUGUUCCUGAGAAGAUUGAAACCGCGUACCUUGAACUCUUCCCUCAUCUCCACAGCUUAAGAUUUCUCUGUUCUCACCAUCCUUUGAUAAGUCUAUCAAACUUAAGGUUUGAUAAGGUUCUUGAGAACAGGAAUUGGUUAUCUCCCCCCCCCCCCCU